AUGGCAAGCAACGAUAAGACAGGCUCGGCCAACGCCAACGUCGAUGCUCUCCAAGGCCAGCAGCAGAGCGGUGCCAGCGGCGAGUUCCACAGUAAAGUCGGCCGUGAUGAGCCAAUGCAGACGUCUGGCCACAAGCCCGGUGUCAACGUAGGCAACGACACCGUACCCGAGUUCAGCGCCCAGACCCUCCCAGCCGGCACAGCACCAAAGGACUCCACCUUUCAGCCCAACCCCGUUGACACCGUCCCACCAACCCAGCAAUCGCGAGACAAUAGCUCGAUCGAAGGCGAUGCCGAGCAAGCAUCCGCACUCGACUUCCCAGGUGGUGCGACCUCAGGCUCCGUGAACACAGGUCUAGGCAAGCCAGUGCAAGGCCAGUCGAGUAGCGAACUUCGUCAUGAUAAGAGUAGUGGAACUGGGUUGGAUGGGAUCAAGUCUGGUGCUCAAGGCAAAACUGUUGACCCGCAUCUGCCGGAGAAUGCCAACCAGCGGGCGUUGGACAGUGAUGUGGCGCAGACUGGCCGUGGUAACAUCGGCGGUGCUGCGGCGCAGGAUAGAGAGCCCGAGACUGCUAGCGGCGUGGCUGCUGAGGCGUCCAAGUCGAGGAACUAA